UAAUUUAGUAAAUCGUUAAUUAUACAUAUACUUGUAUACAAUUGAUUUAUGGAUAUUUAUAUUAUUAUUCUUUACAUCAUUUGUACAGUAUUAGAUACGACACGUACACCUUAUAUUCUCCCGCGGAAGAAAUAAUCAAAUUGUAUGAAAAACCUUUAACAAAUUACGAACAUUAAAGAUCUACUUUAUGGUCCUUAUCAUAAAAUGUCGAAUAAUGCGAAAAGGUUAACAGAUCAUUAAAAAAAAAGACAAAUUGAUAAUCAAAUUCUUAAAAGCGGUACCUAAUACUCAAAUUACUAUUUUUAGUCAAUUUUAUCAAUUAUUGUACUAUCUCGAGACGUCUUAGGUAUAAAUCUUAACAUUUAAUAUCACAAUACUAUCAGUACACGCAAGAUACAAAAAAAAGUUUUAAAAUUCGAAUAUAUUUACUAUAUUAAUGAAAUAUAUGUCAUUGAUUUGGUUUAUUUAUAUAUCCUUGUUCUGUAAGAAAAUCAUAGAUUUUACGUGUUUUAUUUACAUCGAUUUUAAGCAAAACUCUAGCUUGUGCUAAUCUAAGAUAGCCAUUCUUUUUAUUCUCUCCUAUCAGAAGUUGUUUAAAAUCGAGAUAGUUAGCAGGAACUAUACGUGUCACCGAACAAAGCUCUUUCUCGACAGAGGUAAGCUUUUCAUAUCCAGGCAGACCUUUUAUUGCUAAAGGCGGUGCUGUUUUUCGCUGUGAAAUUGUGCUAGGUAUCGAACUAUUUGUAUUAACAUUACAACCAGGCAAUAUGGACUUCCAACUGUAUUCAGAAUUAUUUAAGUACUGUUUUCUCUCUCUCUCGUUCUCCUGCCUGAGUUUACCUAGCUUUUGAAACAGUACAACACUGUGGAAAUGUGUAAGACCAUUACUGCGGAACUCGAAAAGUUUAUUUAAAUAGUUCUUAAGCUCUCCAACACGGUGCAACCCUUCCAUAAAGAAGUCAAACUCUACUCCUCCCAUUAAUUGCAUGAAAAUUAAUAAUCUCUCUGCAAGCGUCCUAGUUAUUGUACAUUCAUAUCUUUGUAUCCAAGAAAUAGUUCUCCUAAAUGCAAUCAAACCGUGAUCACGUAUGAUUCUCCUUCUCCUCAUACGUUCUUUCAGUCGAUUAUUAUAUGCCUGCACCAUAGCUGUUUGCAUAGCUUUUCCUAACUCAUAAUUAUCACUUAAUUCAAAUUCAUCGUAAUUCAGAUCAGAAAUUAAUAAUUCUGCGUGAUUAUCAAAAUUUACUUCAAAAUCUGACCUCGCAGGAUUAUAUCCUGCUAAAAGUUUACAAUUAAGAGUAUUAGACGCAAACCGCGGUGGUUCUUCUAGGUCUUGUAAUUUAUAUAGAUAAGGUAUCGGAUCAUGACCGAACAGACUUGCUUUUGUUUCUUUAAUUCUUGGCAAACCAGGUAUACUUUGAUUAUCGAUAUAAUGUUGAAGAUAAUGGCUUUUGCACUCUUCCGCAGAUUUCCCUUGCAUUCUUUUCGAGAUGUCACCCCAAUUCCCAAAACCACAUUCUUGCAACACGUCAAGAAACUCUAAUUCCUGCUUAGCGGUCCAACCACUUCCAUGAAUCAGAGGGAACUCGUUCUUUAUAAUAAUAUAGUCGUGAUCGUUUCUGUGACCGGUAACUUCAGAGCCACUUGAGAAACAAGAAGGGCAUAAAUCCGUGUUGCUACACACUGCGCAACGAAUGUAAGGCUCCAUUAAAGCAGAUUUGCAUAUGCGGCAUGUUGGAUCUGAAGUAAUGACUUCUUCCUUCACGACUGACACGUCGAGUUCUAUGUCAUUCUCGAUAUUUUCUGUUUUACUCGAUGAGCAGUCUGAAAGAGAAAAUCGUUACUUAAGGCCAUGCCGCAUAAACAAUUAAAAAAUCGAAUUCGAAGUGUUACGUUUAUUAUUCAAUGAAAUGCCUUGUCGAAACAAUGUUGACAAAUGUACACAUGUAUAGGUUAGAUUCAAAGAAGAAACUUCUAUUUUGAUUGAUAAAAUGUACCUUUCGGAAACUGCAAAUCAGCAGCAUCUUCUUCUGUCAUGUCCGUUAAAUUUGGAUUAGCCAUGGUACUUCUCGUACUUUUGACAAAUGUAAUUUAACACAACCGAUUCGUAAAUGUUUACUAUUAACAACUCCCAGGCAUGCUUACGACACGAACUGAAUGAUCUGUGCAGAUGUCUCGUGCUGCGUUACAUUCUGUGUUUGGAUCGGUGUUACCAACACCAGAAAGAAUACACACACAGGUCACAGACUUAGAAUCUAUACGAGCAUUGCUUGUGUAAUGCUCUAAAUGUCCGUACUCCACAUGCGACAUCCGGCUUGCAUUUUCGUUCGAUCAUGUUGAGUUUAUCAUCUAAUAAUUCAUGAUCCUAAUCUUCGUACUGAAGUGCGGAUUCUGUGUUUUAUUCUGUAUCGAUAUAAGGAAGUUUUGAUGCUGUGUUCACAGAAUACAGUUUUCGUAUGCAAGCGCAUUGGAAACAUUUCCUUUAAAUUGCCACUGUGUACCACUGUACGACAUCAAUCCCAUAAAAUUGUACACUUGAUAUGUAUCAUAUAGAUACAUUAUUUGAUGUCGAAAUAAAAAUUUCUUAAAUGGUUGAAGCAAAAGCUAAGCAAUUAUUUGAUAGUAAUUCAGAUUUAACAAAUUGAAUAAUACUUAAAAUGCCUAAAAUACAAGGAUUUCAAUCCGUAAACGGCAAGAAUAAGAAUAUUACAACGGAAGCAAUAUUAGAAGCAAAAGCAAUACUCCCUGAUGAAUCCUCCGAAAGUUAUGACAGUGAUCCAUUAUUAAUGAAAACACUACAGAAACGGGAAAAUUCAACAGCAUUUAAAAUACCUAAAGGGCAAGGAUUUCAAACCGCAAGCGGUAAGAAUAUGAUUGUUACACAAGAAGCUUUAUUAAAGGCGAAAGCAUUAUUCUCCGAUGAAACUUUCGAAAAUUGUGACAAUAAUCAUUCAAUAAUGAAAUCGUUAGACAAACAUCUAGAUUCAACAGCAUUUAAAAUGCCUACAAAACAAGCGUGCCAAACAGUAUGUUAUAAGAACACGAAUAUUACAGAGGAUGCAUUAUCGAAAGCAAAAGUAUUAUUUUCUGAUGAAACCAUGCAAAAUUAUGACACUGACCCUUUAUUAAUGAAAUCAUUGCAAAAACAGCCUGCCCCGAUAGCACUUAAAGGCCCCAGAAUGCAAAUGUUUCGAACUGCAAGUGGUAAGAACAUGAACAUUACAGAGGAAUCUUUAUUGAAAGCAAAAGCAUUAUUCUCUGAUGAAACAUUCGAAAGUUGUGAUAGUGGUCCAUCAUUAAUAAAAUCAGUACAGGAACACGAAAACUCUACAAUAUUUGAAAUGCCUAAAAGGCAAAGGUUUCAAAGUGCGAGUGGUAAGAAUAUACAUAUUAAAGAUAAAACUUUAUCGGAAGCAAAAGCAUUACCUUCUGAUGAAGUCAUGCAAAAUCGUGGUAGUAACUCUUUAUUAAUGAAAUCAUUAGACAAGCAUCAUAUUUCAACAGCAUUUAAAGUUUCUAAAAUGCAAGGAUUUCAAACUGCUAGUGGUAAGAACAUGAACAUUACAGAAGAUGCCUUAUUGAAAGCAAAAGCAUUAUUCUCUGAUGAAACCUUUGAAAAUUGUAACAAUGACUCUCUGUUAAUGGAAUCACUACAGAAAGAGAAAGAUUCAACAGUAUAUCCAAUGCCUAAAUUGCAAGGAUUUCAAACUGCUAGUGGUAAGGACAUGAACAUUACGGAAGAUGCCUUAUUGAAAGCAAAAGCAUUAUUCUCUGAUGAAACCUUUGAAAAUUGUAACAAUGACUCUCUGUUAAUGGAAUCACUACAGAAAAAGAAAGAUUCAACAGUAUAUCCAAUGCCUAAAUUGCAAGGAUUUCAAACUGCUAGUGGUAAGAACAUGAACAUUACAGAAGAUGCCUUAUUGAAAGCAAAAGCAUUAUUCUCUGAUGAAACCUUUGAAAAUUGUAACAAUGACUCUCUGUUAAUGGAAUCACUACAGAAAAAGAAAGAUUCAACAGUAUAUCCAAUGCCUAAAUUGCAAGGAUUUCAAACUGCUAGUGGUAAGGACAUGAACAUUACAGAAGAGGCCUUAUUGAAAGCAAAAGCAUUAUUCUCUGAUGAAACCUUUGAAAAUUGUAACAAUGACUCUCUGUUAAUGGAAUCACUACAGAAAAAGAAAGAUUCAACAGUAUAUCCAAUGCCUAAAUUGCAAGGAUUUCAAACUGCUAGUGGUAAGGACAUGAACAUUACGGAAGAUGCCUUAUUGAAAGCAAAAGCAUUAUUCUCUGAUGAAACCUUUGAAAAUUGUAACAAUGACUCUCUGUUAAUGGAAUCACUACAGAAAAAGAAAGAUUCAACAGUAUAUCCAAUGCCUAAAUUGCAAGGAUUUCAAACUGCUAGUGGUAAGGACAUGAACAUUACAGAAGAUGCCUUAUUGAAAGCAAAAGCAUUAUUCUCUGAUGAAACCUUUGAAAAUUGUAACAAUGACUCUCUGUUAAUGGAAUCACUACAGAAAAAGAAAGAUUCAACAGUAUAUCCAAUGCCUAAAUUGCAAGGAUUUCAAACUGCUAGUGGUAAGGACAUGAACAUUACAGAAGAUGCCUUAUUGAAAGCAAAAGCAUUAUUCUCUGAUGAAACCUUUGAAAAUUGUAACAAUGACUCUCUGUUAAUGGAAUCACUACAGAAAAAGAAAGAUUCAACAGUAUAUCCAAUGCCUAAAUUGCAAGGAUUUCAAACUGCUAGUGGUAAGGACAUGAACAUUACAGAAGAUGCCUUAUUGAAAGCAAAAGCAUUAUUCUCUGAUGAAACCUUUGAAAAUUGUAACAAUGACUCUCUGUUAAUGGAAUCACUACAGAAAAAGAAAGAUUCAACAGUAUAUCCAAUGCCUAAAUUGCAAGGAUUUCAAACUGCUAGUGGUAAGGACAUGAACAUUACAGAAGAGGCCUUAUUGAAAGCAAAAGCAUUAUUCUCUGAUGAAACCUUUGAAAAUUGUAACAAUGACUCUCUGUUAAUGGAAUCACUACAGAAAAAGAAAGAUUCAACAGUAUAUCCAAUGCCUAAAUUGCAAGGAUUUCAAACUGCUAGUGGUAAGGACAUGAACAUUACAGAAGAGGCCUUAUUGAAAGCAAAAGCAUUAUUUUGUGAUGAAACCAUGCAAAUUUGUGAUAGUAAUCCGUUAUUAAUGAAAUCGCUACCGAAACAGGAAGAUUCAACAGCAUUUCCAAUGCCUAAAAUGCAAGGAUUUCAAACUGCAAGUGGUAAGAAUAUGAACAUUACCAAGGAUGCUUUAUUGAAAGCAAAAGCAUUAUUUUCUGAUGAUACUUUUGAAAAUUGUAACAGUGACUCUCUAUUAAAGGAAUCGCUACAGGAACACGAAAAUACAACAGUAUGUGAAAUCUCUAAAAGACCAAGGUUUCAGACCACAAGGGGUAAGAGCAUGAACGUUACGGAGGAAUCUUUAUUAAAGGCAAAAGCAUUAUUCUUAGAUGAAACUUCUGAAAGUUAUGACAAAGAUUCAUUAAUGAUUAAACCACUCCAGAGACACAAAGAUUCUGUUAAACUUGAAAUAUCUAACAUAGAGAAGUUUAAAACAAAAGCAUUGUUUCCUAGUGAAACAAUGCAAAAUUGUAAUAGUGAUCCAUCAUUAAUAAAACCACUUCAGAAACGCAAGAUUAAAGAUUUGAAUGAUACGUCUAUAACAAGGGGAAGAAUGUCCAAUCAAUUCAAAAAAUUACGAUUCAGCAAUGAAUUCCAUGUACAGAAAAAAGAUUGCAAGUAUUCUAAGAUUAGCGACGAGAAAGAGAAUCGACAAAUGUCUUUAGUGUCAGCAGUGAUUUUGUCUUCAGAUAAAGCUGCAGAUACUAAUAAGUUAAUGGAUACAAACGAAACAGAUAUUGACAUGGAUAUUAAUUCUUUAAUAUCUAAUGAAAUUGUAGAAAGCGCGGCCGCACUUUUAGAGGAUGAAAACAGUUCGGAAUCUUUUAAUCAAUGUAUACCUCCUGCAGAAACUAUCGAGAAUAGUGAUAUUACAAAUGUGCCAUUAAGUCCUGUAAUCGGUGGACAAUUUGUUCCUAAAAGAAGGAGGACUACGCGUACACGACGAAAAGAUGCGAAUACUGUGAAGUCUAAAGAAAGCAAAUCCGCACGUGGAGAUAAUAUAAAUAAGUUAAAUAGUGAAUACAAAAUUUCAGAUCAUACUGCAAAAACAGAAAAAUCAUUAAUAGUAGAUCACAAAAGAUGUGAGCCAUUCAUUGCCAAUGACUUUGGCGACACCCAAUUAAUGUUAGAUUUUAUAAACGAAUCUGCUACCAUUUUAGAAAAACGUUUACAAGCCGCUUUAGAACAGGAACAACAAAUUAAGUUAAAAGAAAAAAGCAAACCGAAACCGACAACUGGUAAAUUAUAUUUUCAUAGAAAAGUUAAUCACGGAAAUCGCAUAACUUGGAGAGAGAUUAGUAAAGGAGCUGCACCUAUUCUGUGUACUUAUGCAGAGCUUAUCCAACGAAAAUUACCACCUGAAAUUUUGGAUGUAACACCCGACAAUGCCAUAGCAUAUAAAUUUCGAUGUUCAGAUUUCUAUGGGCAAAGCAUUGUACAAAAUAAUGUCGAAGGUAUACAAUUGGAAGACGGCGCACGUUUGAUUUUAGAUGAAAACGACUAUGUGGGAAUAUUGGAGAUUAAAAGAUCUUUUUUAGCGUCUCCAGGAGUGGAUCCCAAUUUGCUUCCUAAUGGAUGGGUGGAAAAUCAUUAUAGAUGGAUCGUCUGGAAGUGUGCAUCAAUGGAUAGAAUCAAGUUUGCUUCCAUUGUUUUACCAAGAGUGUUAACUCCAGCAAGAGUGAUAACGGAAUUGAAAUAUCGUUAUGACCGAGAAAUUGAUAGAUGUCAGAGAUCAGCUAUAAGAAAAAUUUUAGAGAAAGAUGACGUUGCGUCUAGAAGAAUGAUUUUGUGUGUAUCGUCUAUUACCGAGUACGAUAACCCUGUAGAUAAUACUGUAAAUUUAAAUCUCUUAAAACCUCCUACAAAAAAGUUAACAUUAACAGAUGGAUGGUACAGUGUUCAAGCUAUCGUCGAUCACGCGAUGAUUCAAAAUAUUAUACAGGGUAAAGUGAAAGAAGGAACAAAACUGAUUACGUAUGGAUCGGAAUUGCUACAUUGUGAUCAAGGAUGUUCACCUUUAGAAGUUCCAGAGAAUGUUUGUUUAAAGAUUCAUACGAAUGCAACGAGAAGGGCAAGAUGGGACGCAAAACUGGGAUAUGCGGCAUCUCCAAGACCAAUAUGUAUCAAGUUAAAAAACAUUUUUUCGUAUGGAGGUUUAAUUGGACAAAUUAAAGUUACAGUUGCAAGAGUGUAUCCGAUAUUAUACCACGAAAAAGCUUCUUCCAGCGAAUCUAUUUUUCGUAAUACUAGAUGCGAAGAGAAGGCAAACAUUGCUUAUGAAAAGAAAUGUCGAUCACUGAUAGAAGCAUUUUAUGCAAAAGCGGAGAAAUAUUUUUCUGAAGAAAAUAGGAUUAGUAAUUCAACUUCAGACAGUAUUGAUCUGGCAGCAAUAGAGUGGAAGAAAGAUCGUGAAAAAUUAUCUGAAGAGAAAUUUCUUUCAAAUCAAGAACGACAACAAUUAAUAAAUAAAUGUCGUAUGAUGGAAGAAAUGAUUAGGCAAAAGUUAGAAUCACAACUGCAAGAAAGUUUACCAUCACCAAGGCAAGUUACACCUGUUUUAAAAAUUCGAGUAAUUGAAGAAGAAACAAGUGCCAUUCUUUCUAUUUGGUCACCAAAUGAAGAUGUCGUUGAUAUUUUCAAGGAAGGAAAUUGCAUAUCUAUUUGCAAUGUUACACCCUCUUUGAAAAGAGGCAAUGAUUUGCAACUAACUGCGGGCCGGAAUACAUUAUUCAGGCGACUAAGUAUAUCUGAUAACCUUUAUCCUCAAAGGACGUAUACAUCGUUAUGCGAUAUAAAUAAGCCUAAUUAUGCUCCCGCUUAUGGGGAGUUUGAUACAGUUGGGAUUGUUAUUUACAUUGGAAAUGAACCUUAUGGUAUGAAAAAUUUUCAAGCUGCAUAUCUUGCACAACCGUACACCAAUUCUCAAUCCUUUUACCUAUCAGUAUUAUUUUGGGACGGAAUUUCUUCUCACGGAUACGCAGAAAUUUUGACAAUAGGUUCAUUUAUUGCGUGCAGUAAUUUAGAGUGGCGACGAGCUUCAUCGUGUAGCAUACCGAUGACAUAUUGUACCGAACGAAGUAGCUUCACACAAAAUCCUAGACGGAAUCACUUGGAACAGCCGUUCAAUGAAUUAAAACAUUUAGUCACGGAUGUCAGUUAUGUGUCCAAAUGUGCGGCAGAAAUUUCAGAAGAAGUGCAAAAGAAGCCGAGCAGAUCUUCAGAUCAAUUUACCCCGGACAAAGAACAUCUGAAUAAAACGCCAUGCAACGAAGACUGUAACUCUACGCUUAAAGAUGUUUCGAGAAAUACUUUACUAAAUCAUCAUUCGGUGAAGUCUGCCGCUACGAAGAAACGUUUUGAUAGAUUACAGCGUUACGGUGAAGCAUCGAACUUGUCCCCAAUUGUGCUGAACAGUUCUAAGCGAGUAUCGUUAGACUUUCAGUCUCCUGUUCGCACAUCAGAUGUGAAUCAAUCAAAAGCAAAAAUGUCGUUAAGUACAAAGUUUUCUGCGAAUUCUAGAUGACAUCUUAUGAGAUCAUCAAUUU